CCAAGUGUGUACCAUCACUUAUCUAAAUCACUUUAGACAGUUUGGCUGCAGAGAAACAUCAGACAUUGGUGCUGGGACUUCAUUCAGGUUUCAAUCUGAAGAAUGACAGAUAACAUCACCCUCCUGAAUGACAACUAUAAAGACAUCGACACUGAGUCCUACUUCUUGCAGUAUGAGUAUUACCAAAAAGUUAAUUUCAUAAUCCAUGUGGUAACAUGCAUCAUCAUCAGUAUCGGCCUUCCUCUGACGCUCAUGACCAUCUAUGCUCUUUUGUCUCUGGUACGAAAGGAUCAUGUGGCUCCAAUCUACGUCAUCAACCUUCUUAUUUCUGACCUCAUUCAGCUCUGCUGCAUGAUCAUUAUGGAGACAGAACUGUAUCAGACUCCUGUCAUCGUAUAUAAUAUCUACUGUUCUGGUCUAGGGAUCAGUAUUGGCUUCAUGGUGUGUGUCUCACUGGAAAGGUAUUUGGUCAUCGCCCACCCACUGUGGUACCGCUUCAAACGGACCAUCAAGAUCUCUGUGGUGGUCAGUGUUGUGGUCUGGCUCAUACCUCCUGUCUUUUACCUAACUGUGGUUCCCUGGGUUACUUUGAAGAUGGCAAGAAUCACCUCGUUAAUUUUCCUAAUCAUUCCCUUCCCACUGUUCAUAUUCUCCCUUGUUGGGACCCUCAGAGCCCUGUCUGCUUGUGUCUCCGUCCCCUCUGAAGAAAAACAACGAAUUGUUGGAAUUUUGGUCCUGGUGCUGCUCAUUUACACACUCCUGUUCGUUCCCUACAUGAUCUGGGUCCUUGUAAGGACAAACAAGUUUGACAGAACUCUGAUUAAUCUAUCUAGCAUGUUUGCUAAGCUGAGUCCUCUUGCAGAUUUAAUUCUGUAUGUUUUCUAUAGAAAAAAGUCAAUUGGUACGCUUUUUACCGCUGUGAACUGUUGCAGAGUUGCCAACACUGACGCCAACAUAUAGACAGUAUGAAUGUGCACAACAUUUUGACAGUAAGCUCCAUGGAGGAAGAGAGAAUGAGGAGAAAACAGAACAAAAUGUACUCUCACUUUAGAACAAAUGUAUUUCUUACAAAACUUUAUUUGUUUUGCUAUGUUGUUAUUCUUGACAGUUAAAUACACGUUAUACUCUUCUUAACUUUCUAAUCUUCUGAUCAAUAAAAGCUUUACCUGUACAAUGAAGUGGUUAGCAUGUCAGCUUUUAUGAUGUGAGAGAAGGUCCUAUGUAUUGUAAAUUUGACAAAAUGAAAUAUUAUAUCACAGUCUCGCUCAUUACAUUUUAAUAAUACUAUGACAUACAAUAAAAAAAAUCUGUUCCAAGACAAA